AUGGCUUUAACUGGGACUAAACAAGGGCACUCGUCCCUGUCUCCUGUCUCUGUGUCAUCAGAGGUGUCCAGUAUUUCCAUGUCGUCCACCUCAUCACGACUGAAGUAUGUUUCUCUGGGGGUGCUGGUACUGCAGACCACCUCCUUGGUGCUGACAAUGCGUUACUCGCGUACGCUGCAGUCCGACGGGCCGCGCUACCUGGCGUCGUCUGCCGUAGUGUGUGCUGAAGUCCUGAAGAUUGCUGCAUGCAUGCUGCUUGUCUUCAGAGAACACAGUUUCAGUGUUCGUGCGCUGAAUCGGGUGUUGAAGGAGGAAAUAAUCAACAAGCCUCUGCUAACUCUGAAGUUGGCCAUUCCCUCAGGUAUAUACACCCUGCAGAACAACCUGCUCUAUGUGGCUCUGUCAAAUCUAGAUGCAGCUACCUACCAGGUUACAUAUCAGCUGAAAAUUCUCACUACAGCCCUGUUCUCCGUGUCCAUGUUGGGCAAAAUACUCGGCAUUUACCAGUGGCUCUCACUAGUCAUUCUGAUGACUGGAAUUGCACUUGUCCAGUGGCCAGCUGAAGUUACAUCAAGCACCAAGCAGGAGGAUCUGACUGCCGGCUCUCAGUUGAUGGGUCUGCUGGCUGUGCUUGUGGCCUGCUUCUCCAGCGGAUUUGCUGGCGUGUAUUUUGAAAAGAUCCUCAAAGAGAGCAAGCAGAGUGUCUGGAUCCGUAAUAUUCAGCUAGGUUUAUUUGGAUUGAUUUUUGGACUUGGGGGAGUGUUUGCGUACGACGGAGAAAGAGUGCAGGAGAAUGGACUCUUUCAAGGGUACAAUCAUGUGACGUGGACUGUGGUGGCUCUUCAGGCUUUGGGUGGGUUAGUCAUUGCAGCUGUCAUCAAAUAUGCAGAUAACAUCCUGAAGGGCUUUGCCACAUCCAUCUCAAUCAUUCUGUCCACCCUCAUCUCUUAUUUCUUGUUGGAAGAUUUUGACCCUACUAGUGUGUUUUUCCUGGGUGCGAUGCUGGUUAUCGCUGCUACGUUUCUCUACGGGUAUGAGAGCACACCUGCGGUCAACCCUAGUAAAGUAUAGAAGACUGGACAUGAGGUGAUAAACAAUCAUCAGGAGAUGAUCUACUUCAGGUGAAGUUCAGGACAAGAGAACCGGUGAUAUUGUAAGGACGCUAUUAGAAGGUAGCACAAAAAAAAAAAAGUAUUAUAUGACAUCAACACACCAGGAAUCAAACUCCUGCUUCUGAUGUAUUAGGUGGCAGGACUGUU